AUGUUACAUGGUGCGUGUCUCGGAUGUGGUGUAGCAGGUAUGGCUUCGAAUAGUGAGAGUGUUUAUGAAGCAUUAAAGGUCGUUUUGUAUUCUGAUUCUGCCAUAUCCGGCCAAGCAGCUGGUUUAGCUAUGGGUUUGGUAAUGUUAGGUUCUGGAAAUGAAACUGCUAUCAAUGAUAUGUUUACUUAUGCCCAAGAAACUCAACAUGAAAAUAUUAUUAGAGGCUUGGCCAUUGGUAUUGCUCUAUUAAACUAUGGAAGAGAAGACAAAGCUUUAGAUGUUAUUGAUAGAUUUAUGGCACAAGAAAGCUCUAUAUUGAGAUAUGGAGGAGCUUUCACAAUAGCAUUGGCGUAUGCAGGUACUAGUAAUAAUGCUGCUAUUAAGAAAUUAUUACAUUAUGCUGUUUCUGACCCAUCUGAUGAUGUGAGAAGAGCGUCUGUUAUAAGUUUAGGAUUCUUGUUAAUUCGUAAUUAUACAGCAGCACCACAAAUCGUUGAAUUAUUAUCACAAUCUCACAAUCCACAUGUUCGUUAUGGUACAGCAUUAGCAUUAGGUAUCUCCUGUGCUGGUAGAAGCUUACAUUCUGCAAUUGAGGUUUUGGAACCAUUAACUAAGGAUCCUGUUGAUUUUGUUAGACAAGGAGCUUUGAUGGCAUCUGCUAUGAUCUUGGUGCAACAAAAUGAAAAUGUUUAUCCAAAAGUUAAAGAAUUCACCUCAAAGUAUGCUGAUACCAUAAAGACUAAACAUGAAGAUGCAUUGGCUAAAUUUGGUGCUACAUUGGCUCAAGGUAUUAUAGAUGCAGGUGGUCGUAAUGUCACUAUUAAUUUAGAAAAUGCCCAAACCAACACUUUGAACAUGAAGGCAAUUGUUGGUUUGACUGUUUUUGUUCAAUCCUGGUACUGGUUCCCGUUUGCACAUUUCUUAUCAUUAUCAUUUGCUCCAACCUCCAUUAUCGGUGUGAACGAAGAUUUGAAAGCACCAAAGUUUGAACUCAAUUGUCACACGAAACCAGAAGUUUUCCAAUAUCCACCAAAGGUUGAAGAGUCAAAAGAAAAACAACCAGAUAAGAUUGCCACUGCUGUCUUAUCUACUACUGCUAAGGCAAAGGCUAGAGCGAAAAAGAAUCAAGCAAAAAAGCAAGAAGAAGAAGGUGUCAAAGCAGAGCCAACAGAUGAUAAAAUGGAAAUUGAUGAAACUGAUAAGAAGGUAAAAGAAGAAAAAGAAUCCAAGGAAGAUGUGGAAGACGCCAAAAACAAAGAUGAACAGCUUUCGAUCCGUUAUACUAAAGUUCCUUACAAAAUUGGAAACCUAUCUCGUGUUUUACCUGCGCAGUCAAACUACAUAUCCUUCUCUAAAGAUAGUAGAUUUGUCCCAGUGAGAAGAUUUAGGGGAACGGGCGGCAUCAUUGUUUUAGAAGAUACAAAACCAGAGGAAAAGGUAGAAGUCAUAAAGACCGUAAGACAAUUGAAUGUCACAGAAGCUCCAUUGCCUGAACCAUUCACGUUGAGCGGUGAUGAUUUGAAAGAUGAUGACGAAUAG